AUGGGGCGCACCGGGGAGCCCCUGAGCCCGCUGUACCGCUGGUACAUCUACGCCAUCCACGGCUACCUCUGCGAGGUGCUCUUCACGGCCCUCUGCGCCUUCCUCGCGCACCGGGACUGGAGGUUCCAGGGCGUCUCCAGCGUCUGGGCGCUCUUCAUCUACGGCACCUGCAGCCUGGCCCUGGAGCGGCUCUACGUGCGGCUGGGAGCCUCCUGCGGCCUCCUGACCCGCGGCGUCCUCUACACCCUCUGCAUCUACCUCUGGGAGUUCUCCACGGGCUUCGUGCUGCGCCGCUUCGGCGCCUGUCCCUGGGACUACAGCCACUUCCCCUACAACUUCAUGGGGCUUGUCACCCUGGAGUACUGCCUCUUCUGGUUCUUCGGCUCCCUCCUCCUGGAGAAGGUGGUCAUCAGCAACGCCCUCCGGCUCAGGCUGGAUGCAACCUGGGAGGCACCCACAGCGCGCCCCGGCCCCGGCGCCAAGCGGAAGCAGAACUGA